CACUGGGCAUCCCACAUGCUGCCAGGCCUUACCCCAAACCCCUCCCCUUGGGACCAGAGAGUUCAUGCCCUGGAGCAGCUGCUGACGGAGCUGGAGGACUUCCUCAAGAUCCUGGACCAGGAGAGCCUGAGCAGCACAGCCGUGGAGAGGAAGAGUGGUCUGGCCGAGCUCCUCCGCCUGUACAUCAAAAGCAGCAGUUCUGAUGAGGAGUACAUUUACAUGAACAAAGUGACGGUCAACAAGCCACAGAAUGCCGAGUCCCAAGACAAAGCGCCGGAGGAGCGGAGCCCACUGGCCAACGGGGAGCCCCGCCAGCACGCCACGGCCCCUCAGAAGAGUCUCCCGGACCUCCCGCCCCCCAAGACCAUUCCAGAACGGAAACAGCUCUCCAUCCCAAAGAUCGAGUCUCCAGAGGGUUACUAUGAAGAGGCUGAGCCAUAUGACUUGUCCCUCAAUGAGGAUGGAGAGGCCGUGAGCAGCUCCUACGAGUCCUACGACGAGGAUGAAGGCAGCAAGGGCAAGUCGGCCCCCUACCAGUGGCCCUCGCCCGAGGCCAGCAUCGAGCUGAUGCGCGACGCCCGCAUCUGCGCCUUCCUGUGGCGCAAGAAGUGGCUGGGGCAGUGGGCCAAGCAGCUCUGCGUCAUCAGGGACACCCGACUCCUGGUCAGUGGUCUCAGGGUCACCCACUUGUCUCUCUUUCUUCCCCAGGCAGAUAUAUCCGAGAAGUACCUGUCCGCCUCGGAGUAUGGGAGCUCUGUAGAUGGCCACCCUGAGGUCCCCGAGACCAAAGAUGUGAAGAAGAAGUGCUCUGCGGGCCUCAAACUGAGCAACCUGAUGAACCUGGGCAGGAAGAAGUCCACCUCGCUGGAGCCUGCAGACAGGUCCCUGGAGACAGCCUGUUACCUGAACGUGCUGGUGAACAGCCAGUGGAAGUCACGCUGGUGCUCCGUCCGGGACAGCCACCUGCACUUCUACCAGGACCGGAACCGCAGCAAGGUGGCCCAGCAGCCCCUGAGCCUGGUGGGCUGUGAGGUGGUCCCGGACCCGAGCCCGGACCACCUGUACUCCUUCCGCAUCCUCCACAACGGCGAGGAGCUGGCCAAGCUCGAGGCCAAGUCUUCCGAGGAAAUGGGCCACUGGCUCGGCCUCCUGCUCUCCGAGUCGGGCUCCAAGACAGACCCAGAGGAAUUCACCUACGACUACGUGGAUGCAGACAGGGUCUCCUGUAUUGUGAGUGCGGCCAAGAACUCCCUGCUAUUGAUGCAGAGGAAGUUCUCAGAGCCCAACACUUACAUCGACGGCCUGCCCAGCCAGGAUCGCCCGGAGCUGCUGUAUGAUGACGUGGAGAUGUCCGAGCUGACGGCCGCGGUGGACCCCGAGGAAGCCGCCCCGGCCACAGAUGCUCUGAGCGAGCUCGACCCUGACCGCAUGUACCUGGACCUCACGCCGGUCAAGUCCUUCCUGCACAGUCAGGGCGGCACCCAGGCCCGAGGCUGCUCCCCCACACCGCCCGGCCUGGACCCUCCAGUAGAGGCCCUCCCUGCAGACCUGGGCCCCGCCCCAGCUGAGCCCCCCGUCGUUACAUCUGCAGAGACCCCUGAGUUGCAGCAGGUGCAGCAGGAGAGUCUGGAGCCGGAGGAGCUGUCCCCCAGAAUCUCGACGGUCAAAAUCCAGGCUGAACAGCAAAAACUCUCUUUCUCAUCGAGCUGCCCCGACGCUGUGGCUGUCACCCCAGCCGGGGCCAGCACGCCUGCGAAGGACAGGCUGAGGGUGACCUCUGCAGAGAUCAAACUUGGCAAGAACAGGACAGAAGCUGAGGUGAAGCGGUACACGGAGGAGAAGGAGAGGCUGGAGAAGAAGAAGGAAGAAAUCCGGGGGCACCUGGCUCAGCUCCGGAAGGAGAAACGGGAGCUGAGGGAGACCCUGUCGAAAUGCACAGACAAGGGGGCGCUGGCCAGCCUGGAGCAGAAGCUGAAGGAGAUCGACGAGGAGUGCAGGGUGGAGGAGAGGAGGCGCGUGGACCUCGAGCUCAGCAUCGUGGAGGUGAAGGACAACCUGAAGAAGGCCGAGGCCGGGCCCGUGACGCUGGGCACCACCGUGGACACCUCCCACCUAGAGACCGUGAGCCCCCGAGCAUCACUCUUUUGUCACCACAGCCCAAAGCCGCAGCCCCCACCCCUGCCCCAGACUGUACCCCCGUCAACUCUGCCACGGCGCUCAAGAACAGACCUCUUUCCGUCAUGGUCACAGGCAAAGGCACCGUCCUCCAGAAAGCCAAGGAAUGGGAGAAGAAAGGGACCAGUUAGGACACAAGCGUCAUGGCAAGCCUCUCCUGUCCACGUGGACCUUGGCGACAACCCCGCUUGGGCCAGGCCUUCCUUCAAGCAGCGACUCUGUGAGCGGGUGAGUCUGUUUAAAAGGAAAAACAAGGACGGGGGACCGCGAACGGAGUGCUCCGGCUGAUGGGAGGCGCGGGCCCUUUGCAGAGAAAGGAACUAGCAGGACCAGAGAGAGAGCUGUGACUUCAGCCAGCGCUGAUGCCAUCGGUGACGCGGUAACGGAACAGAAAAUACUUGGGACCACGCGGAGGCACUGUCCCCACUCAGUUAAGGACUUUUUUAAAAGUGACGCUGUAUUAUAUUUUUAAAAAUAUGUUUCAAAUCCUGUAAUUUAGAACAGUGAAGUGUCUUUUGAGAUUUAACUGACUUUCGACAUUAUCGUAGAGAAAAAGAGAUUAGUACUUUGUGUUUACAGAGUCCGUCCUGUGGCCAUUCUUAAGAGAAGAAGUUAUUUAAUAUAAUGCUCUCGUAGUCCCGGUUUUUUUUAAAUUGUGCUUAAUGUCCGGGCACCUUCCAAGAUAAUAAAAGGGGUGAGUUUGGGGUGGGCCCCCGUCUUUUCCUCCGAUGGCAUUGUUUGCUAACGCAGGUUGAAACAUUUCAUCCGUCAUCUCCGCCUCACUUCCGGGGGUUCUCAGAACUAAAGUUCUUUCUAACCCCAGGGCAUUUAUUUCCUUUGUCAUAAACACUUGGUGGCCUUUGGCCAAGUGGUGAGUUAGAUUUUUCUAAAAAAAUAAAAUAAAAUGUUAAUUGUAUUUCUGGAGGUUUCUUGUAUUUCAUGGAGUGACUUGGCAGGGCCUGUUGGACUUGUACCUCAAGGGGGAAUGUCUUGGUUAUUUAUUUACACACUGAACUUCAAAAUAUGUGUGUAAAACCGAGGGCUUUACAAGGUGCCAUCUUAGCAGGUGAUGUUAUGCCUCCUUGACUCCAGGAGCAUAGAUGGAAAACGGAAAGGGUUUUCAUAGUAUAAUUAACCACGCGCCAAAUACACUAGAAACAUCUGCAGGAACUGACUACUUCUGGAAGCUAAACACAUUCCUAAAUCAUUCUUCGGGGAAAGAAACCGGUACUUAGAGAGUUGCCUAAGUGGUAAAUUAAGGAAGUUCCUAGCAUACAUGUGUUUAUUUUUACAAAUAACAAAAUUUGCCAAUCUUUUUAUGCAGGACCUUUUUCAUGUACGUCCAUAAAUAAGAUUUGGUUUUUCUUUUGCCAGUAUGUGUUCGAUUUUUGGUUCCAGAGCUGUGCUAACUGUAUACAAUGGAAAAUACUCCUCAAACUGC